AUGCCCGGCCUUACGAUAUCAACAGACUCAGUCUCUCCGCGCACAUCGAACGCGCCAGCGCCAGCGCCAUCUGCGUCUGCGGCUGGCGCCGCGACACCUGCCACUACAUCUACGGCCAGCGCAACAGAUCCCACACCGCAGCAGACCCCUCCGCGCUCCUCCCGUUCCUCGUCCCCCGCCCGGCCCCCCAUCAGCCCCAUAACCCCGACUCUGCCCCCGGCCCGCCUGCCCGACCCCGUCGCCCCCUUCGCCGCCGACCGCCCGGUCCUCACCCACACCUCACAGCCACCGACCGCGGCCGCCAUCCCGCCUCCGCGCCCGGAACCCAUCGAUUUCGAAUCCAACCCGGACGUCCUAGCCCUCAAGUCGGCCAUCUCCAUCCUUCAGAUGCAAUCAAAGAAGGCUACCGCCGACAUACAGGCUCUCAACGCUGCGAAGAAUGCCGCCGUGGAGAACCCCUCUGCCUUCCUCGCUGAUCUCGGAGCAGGCAAGGUGCAUACGCAAGGCGACAAGCUAUUCCCGGAGUCGGACUCCGAUUCGGACGAUGAGACGGACGGCACCAAAGCCGAUCAGGGGGCUGGAGAGGACGGCACCAGGCAAGGAAAGGCCAAGGCACAGCCGCAGCCGUGGGAGUCUUUGCCUAAACCCCAGAACGUAGUGCGUUGUCCGCCCAUCAACUGGUCGCAAUAUGCUGUUGUCGGCGAGUCUCUCGACAAGAUCCACGCGGACCAAAUAGCGCGACCGAGUCAAGGGGCACCGGCGACGUUGGGACCGAACGGCACAUAUGAGUUCAAGGGGGAGCCUGGAGGUAACCAAAGGUCUUUCAUAGGCGUUGCGGCCCCCUACACCCCCGGGAAGGAUAGAAUCGACAAGAAGGCAAAAGGUGGCAAGCGGUAA